AUGAAUCGGUUUCUGUGCUCGCUGGCAGUGGGUCUCGCCCUUUGCUUGCACUUUCAGGCUGCAGAAAAAUGUGCAAACCAAGCCAAGGCCAACGUUGAUGAAGCCUACACAUACUCCCGCCGAGAUGUUCCCAAUCUCAACAAGUUUCGUACUGCAAACACUGACUUGGCCCAAAAACUGCUGGAUCUGUACGGUACACCUGACAUCGAUCCAUGGCUGGCAGGAGUGGCUGAGCCAUUUGUCAGAGGAGGAAGAGUGGGACCUCUGUUUGCCUGCCUGAUUGCUACUCAGUUCCAGAAAAUCCGUGAGGGAGACAGGUUUUGGUGGGAGAAAAAUGGUGUCUUCACUGCGGCUCAGAGGCUGGCAUUUACGGACACAUCUCUUGCCAGAAUCAUCUGUGACAACACUGGCAUCACUGAAGUUCCUAAGAAACCUUUCCAGUACCGACCUCGAGGUUCUGGAUACACCAAGUGUGACGACAUCCCUGCAUGUGACGUCAGUCCAUGGAAGGAGGGUGCUCAAGGUCCAGAUAGUCAACAAGGGGCUCAAGGUCCACCAGGACCCGCAGGGCCACCUGGUCCGCCAGGACCCCCAGGACCUCCUGGACCUUCAGGCGCAGCAGAACAUGUUGCCUUCUCUGUGCGCCUUGGUAGCAACCUCCCCAAAGCUGGUGCCCCCAUCGCCUUCCAUGAUGUCAUCUACAAUGGACAGAACAGCUAUGACCCCAAGACCGGCUUUUUCACCUGUCAGCACGCAGGCGUCUAUGAGUUUGAGUUUCACUGCAUCAUUUACCAAAACGAAGCCACUGCUUUGUAACGGAAAGCUGAUCCUGCACUCAUUCACCACCCGCCAGAGCGACUACAUCACAGCCAGUGGCAGGACCUUCAUCAAGCUUGCAAAGGGAGACAGGGUGUGGCUGAUUGCUAACAAUGGCGGCAACGGACUGACCGGGGACAGCUUCUUCUCUGGUCAUCUGCUGUU